CCGGCAUCCAGCCGAACCAUAGUCUCCAUGGAUUAACCGAACCUAGCUCAAGAUGACAAUUAGGGAGUUUAAAGGACUAGUUUCACUUCGCAAAGCUGCUGAUGGAAUCACCUAAGUUGAUUCAGUUGACAUGAUUCAAAAGACAGUGAGAGUUCCAGCCAGUCAUCAUCAGGGGCUAAGAUAAAGGACGUUAUGGCGUAGUGUUAUUGUUUAUAUUAACACUGGUCCCAUAUCACAGUUUUUUGUGUUGGUUCAGCAUCAGUAAAAGUUAAACCGACCAUUCAUUCAUUGGCAUUGCCGACAUUUAUUCAUGUAUUGUUAGUUGUUAGACGAUUCGGAUCUCAGCUCAGCUCCUGACCACCGCAUCGGCAUCGGGCAGAGUUUGCAACCUGGAGCUGGCCAGCUGACAACAUCACUGAGUGGAAAUGCAGUGUAUUGUGCACUCCAAGUCCAAGUAACGCGAAGUUCAUGAAGAUGGUGGAAUGUGGAAGAGUUUUAAUUGCAUUUAUUCAUAUUGUCCUUUUUUUCAAUGUUUAUGCACAUUCACUAAACGUAACUGAUCUUGGAGAUCUGAAUUUUGAUGCAUCAUGGGACCUGUUGGAAAACUACACUGGCAUGUACAAUCUAAGCACUCCAACAAAAAACCUUUGUUACACCAAUGAAACAAGUUGUUUCCUUGGAGGACGAAUACUGGAAGAUGAAAGCUGCCCUCACAAAGGUUGGCUAGGUGUAGUACUAGAAGCAGCUGGACAAAAGAUAAAUUACUUUUGGUUUUCUGACCCAACCUACCGAGUUGGGCCACCGACUAUCCAGUCUACAUACAUCGACUCCACCAACAUAACUAUUGUUAUACGAGGUGGUCAAACGCCACUGUAUUAUGAUGAUCAGGAGCGCAAAUGUCGAGGAGAAUCGUGGGAAGGGGACAAAACUCCAAUCUUCAUGGGUAUGAGUGCAGCAAAAGAUGGUGUCAAUUGCAGUUACAGUCUGACCAAUGAAGACGGAUCGAAAGCCAAGCACGAUAAAAAGAAUUUCUUUAAACAGCUUGGUAGUUCGGAUGGAAGACUAAGUCUCUUUCUCCAUAGACUCAAACCAUUUUCCAACUACAGCAUUGCAAUAUGGUGCGAGCUGAACAAACACACAAGCCAAAGUACAGUGUAUAAUUUCACAACGAAAGAGGAUGUUCCUUCGAGUGGCCCGACUAUUGUGAAAAGAAGUUCUAGUGGACUAGGAUGUGACAACCCGGACAUGAGAAAUAUCACUUUCACCAUCCAGCCUCCGCCAGUGGAUGACCGACAUGGAAUACUCCUGUACUACGACAUCUGCUACCGAGCUGUCUCCAGCAACCAAGAUGAAAAGUGGAACUGCGAGGUCCUGGAACUCCCGUCGCCUCCUCCGGACUUCAAGGAAGUAACCAAAGAGAAUAUCUCAAGGUGGGACGCUUACGAGGUCAAGGUCUUUGCUAAUAACUCUGUUGGCGGCAGGUCUAGCUCGGUUUACCAGUUUGAGGUCUUGAAGGCCAAGCAAGCGGAGUCGAGGCCCCUGAACCUAACCACUACAGAACUGGAGCCUGGUGUCUGGCUCUUAAACUGGGAUCACCCAUGGUCUAUUCACACCCGUGAUUGUAUUGUAUACUAUGAUGUAUCGGCCGAGGAAAAGUCAUUGGGUACGACAAACACCACAUCCUUCCGACUUGAUACUAGAGUAACGGGCGCUGUGUACGCUGCCACCAUUACUCCAAUGAUACAUAAUGGGAGUGCGCCACCAUUCAAAGGGUUGCAAGUUUCAACAGAGGUGAUGACCAGUAAGACCCCUAGAGCUCUGAUUAUUGUCCUUUCGGUGUUGCUCUCAAUCUUCAUCCUCUUGUUGAUAGGAUGUGCCUAUCUCUGUGUUCAACAUGGACCUCGAUGGACUCAGUCAUUUGAUAUCAGCAAUAAUUCAGUUCUUAAAACAGCCUUUGCCAUGGGAGAUGUUCGGCCAAGGAUUCCAGAGACAGAAGAAUUUGAUUCCAUAGUAGGUGUCCCCCCUCCUCCUUUCGUUGACGAUGAUGGUGAGGAUGGCGAUGACGAGAUGGAGACUGUUGCCUUCAUCGAGACACCUCCUGCCGGCAGGGCUGGUGGAGAUGCAGUACCAUGCCCACCCAUCCCAGAUCAAUCUCCGCCUCUAUCAUCAAAGGGCUCCCUCUCGGAUGAAUGCAAUCCUAUGGUUGCCAUGGAAAUGGAUGAUGGAGAGGAACCAGUUUCAUCCGCCUCGUUAUUGUGCCGAAUAGAUGGCGGAUCCAGGGAGGUUGUAGCGGGAUUGCUGCAGCGCUGCGGUAGCAGUAUGGACACCAGCUGCAGUGAGGACAGCUUAGAGCCUCCUCCUCGGCACCCUUCCCCCACAGACUCUGGCUAUGUGCAGUCUCCUCCUCCUGUGAUGCAGCAGACCAGUUACCAAACCAAGCCUGCAGGAGACGAUGGCUACUUCAGGUUUGAUGCCUUCACAAACAAUCCCGGCACGGUCUUGAUAGGUAACGGUAAGCAUAACCCUGGUGACGGUGACAACAACAGAAACUGCAAUGCCAUGGUGAUGUCGUCUAAGCCUAAGUAUACAGACAGUGGAUACGUGGCGGGGACGUGUACUCCCGCUCCCUCUUCUUCAAUGUAUCCAGAGACGACUCCCUUCCCUGACAAGCUUAUGAUGCUGAAAGCCAUCGGGAAGCAGCCAUCCUUCGACUCUGACGACAUGGCUACCUCGGGUAGUCUGUCCCCAUCGGACUCAGAAAUAGGCGAUGGAGUGGGGUCGUACACCAAGCUCUCGCACCCGAACACCCCCUUAUCGCCAAGAAACAAUACUUCGCCGGGGGAUACCGUUUGGGAUUUGGAAAAAGAUCUAAUUUCUAUUCAGGAUCUCCUGCAUCAGCUUAAUGAUCAAGUGCAGCAUCCUGGCCUAUCUAAUGUUGGUUAAAACUUGUUCUAAUGUUAGAUAACUCUUAUUUGUACACAUGUAUAAACCUGUGUGUUGGCUCAGUUGGUAGAGCAUCCGCCUCACAACGGGGAGGUUGGAAGUUCAAACCCCAGCCGCAUCAGCUCAAAAAGACGUUUAAAGAUGGGAGUUGCUGCUAUCUUGUUUGGCGUUCAACGAUUAAAUGGAAAUAGCCUCGUCGAUCUGGCGCUGCA